AACAUCCGGUUCAAAAGUAACUCGGUGAAUGUGUACAUUUGUUACAUAAAAAUCCACGUUGAACGACUUUUGCCUUAUUCAAGACUAUCUAGAUUUAGUGUAGACUGUCUGACAUCUCAGGAGCUCCUUUAUUAUGAAUUCAUUAGAAAUCGCAGCCCUAAUUGUCCUGAACUCAGUCAAAUCAUCUAAGUUAUCAAAAAAGGCUCAGAAUCUCUUUCUGCCAUUAGCUAAACAUUUGCACACCACACAAGGCAGUUUUCAAUAUCAAUGGAAUGAUAAGAGUGUAUCUGUUUGUGAGAUGUCUAACAAUAUAUCAGGAAUGAGAAAGCCAUACAGAGGCAAACAGGAUAAAUUUGAUCUUGAUCAUUUAGUUUCAAAAGAACCAUUUGGACAAUUUGAAGCCUGGUUCAAUGAAGCUAAAAACACUGAUGGGAUAUUGGAGGCUAAUGCUAUGUCUCUAGCUACAGCUACAAAGAAUGGUAAGCCUUCUGUGAGAAUGGUACUUAUGAAAGGUAUUGAUCAGAAUGGCAUAGUAUUCUAUACUAACUUUCUCAGUCAGAAGGCCAAAGAAUUGACAGAGAAUCCUUACUGUAGCCUUCUGUUCUACUGGGAGCCAAUAAAAAGACAGAUCCGCGUAGAAGGCCAUGUGGAAAAAGUGUCAGAGGAAGAGUCCAAUAAUUAUUUCCACUCCAGGCCAAGAGACAGUCAGAUUGGAGCAUGUGUGAGUCAACAAAGCCAAGUUGUUGCUUCUAGGAAGACAAUUGAUGACAGAAAUGUAGAACUUCAAGAAAAAUAUAGCGACCCCAAUGUAUUAGUUCCUAAACCUGACUAUUGGGGUGGUUACAGAGUCGUACCAAAUAGAUUUGAAUUCUGGCAAGGUCAGACUAAUCGCCUGCAUGACCGUAUAGUAUUCCGCAGACUUAAAAAUGGCGAAAGCUUGGAUCCAAGUGUGACACAUGAAGGAACUAAUGGCUGGGUCUAUGAAAGACUUAUGCCUUAAUAAAUCUUGUGUACAAUUUUCUUAUUUUAUGGAUAAAGUGUUGCUUUUUAAUGUCUGACAGCAAGACUUUUCAGGUUUUAUUGGUAUUUGAAAGGAUAUAUCAGAAGAUAUUGAGUUACUUUGUUAUUUUUGUAAGUAUUAUUUCAUUGUUGUAAAUAAAGUAAAUGGACAAUCUAAAAUAUAUCCCAUUUCGUCCAUUUAUCUUUCCAAAUAUGUACAACUAGCUUCUUAAAAAGCGUAUGUGUGUAGUCAUUAGAAUUCUACUAGUGUUUAGAUCAGUUCAGUCCCUUUGUGUAAUUGGUGUUCUAGUGUCAGUUGUAUAAUUCAAGAUAUGACUAGUCUAUUUAUAACAUACCAUUUGUUUAUUUUCAUGUAUUCUGACAUUAUCAUGGCAUUACAUAUCUAGAUUGUCUGUAUAUAGUAUGGAUGUGUGUAAAUCUUUUUUUCUGGCCAUUCAUUCUUGUUCAUAUUUAAUUUGUCAUUUUAAAUUGAGUCAGUCUACUUUUGAGGAAGAAAUCCAAAUUUUAUUUUUAUUGUAAAAGUUUUUUUAUGGUGUCAUUAUAAUUAGAGUCAGAAAGGAAAAACACUAUUUGAACAUGUCAGGUUUUUGGAAGCACAAUUUAGUUUUAGCAGGUAUUCUCUUAACUAAUUAAACAAUCCAUGUGGCAUUAAGUAUAGAUUUCAUUGCAAUAUUGGAAGUUAUACAUGAUGAAUUAGGAUUGGGGACAGGGGACAAGUACCAACCUAAAACUAAUAAGACUAAUUGAAAUGACAAGGGCAGGUCACUUUGAAAGAACCAAGAAGCAGCAGGCCCAAGGGCAGACAACAAAAAGCAGAGUCAACAAUGUAAGAAUCAAAUGACAGACAAAGAGCUCAGAGAGAUCUAAAUGGAAAGAUUUGUGGAAGCAUUUUAAGGCUCUGCAUAAUUUGUAGGUCACUAGUAUGAAUAUAAGUAGUAGGCCAGGUACCCAAGUACCACAAUUAUUUAUAAAUUUCAUAUUAAAAUUUUAAAUAAUUUUUUUUUUAAUAAAAGGUAUGUAGAUUGACAUAUUGAUUUCCUUUUAUUUUAUCUUUUAAAAGAAAUGUCUAAAUUGUUUCAUUCCCUAAGAUUUCAUAUUUUUUAUUACACACAUUUGUUCAUACAUGUGUUUUCUAACAUAGAGAAUCUUUCUCUUAACCUUUUUGUAAAGACAGAAUUAUUUUUGUAUUAAAUUGUAAGCAGUUUUGUGUGUGCUAUAUUAUGGUGUUUACAUUUAUUCAAGAAUUCAAUUCUCUUCAUUGUCUCUUUGACUUUGUAAAUCCCAAACUUUUUUUUCUGAGAAAUAGAUUUUUAAAAUGUUUUAGGACUAUUUGGACAUUUUGUACUUCAUUUUCAUUCCCUGCACUCUCUUUUCAAUUCCUAGACUUCUCUUUUCAAUCCCUAGACUUCUCUUUUCAAUCCCUAGACUUCUCUUUUCAAUCCCUUGAUUUCUCUGUUCAAUCCCUAAAAUUCUCUUUUCAAUCCUUCGAUUUCUCUUCUAAGACUUUCCUUUACUUCCCUUCUCAGAUUCCUGGCCUGUAUUUCAGUUUCAAAUUGCAUCUUUCAUACUCAGACCCUAUGGUGCAAUCUCUUUUGUGGACCUAUGAGGGAUGGGUGGGAGAAGGUCAUGGUGGCUGAGCGGUUAAGCGCUUGAGUUCCAAACCAGGGGUCCCGAGUUUGAAUCCUGGGGAAGACUGGAACUUUGAAUUUCAGGAUCUUUAGGUACCUCUGAGUCCACCAAGCUCUAAUGGGUACCUGACAUUAGUUUGGAAAAAGUAAAGGCAGUUGGUCGUUGAUCUGGCCACAUGUCAUCCUCGUUUACACUAGGCCACAGAAACAGAUGACCUUUACAUUAUCUGCCCUCUAGACAACGUCUCUAAGGGGAACUUUACAUUUACAUUUAGAUCUAGAUAAAAUCGCUUUGCAAUUAUGGAUAGAUCUAAAUUUGACAAAUACGCCUCUUAAUAUCUUACCAUUGACUCCAUUUUCAUGGUUAAAAAUGCUUUCCAAAUAUGUGGUUGCUGGUCUAGCAGAGAGUUCUGAUAUUGUACCAACGGUUCUCUUGAAGUCACUUCUCUCUAGAUCUUGUCUGAAUUAGAUUUUAAAUUGACAUAAGUAGCAUAAAGUCAUUUUAAAUUAUCAAAUAAACUUUUUAUUUUUAAAAAAUAAAA